AGCACUCUCAAAAAGUCAUAUCAGGCGACAGCAACCGUUCCUCCUCUCUACUGCGAUCUCAGUGCUGAGACUGUAAUUUACUCAGAAAAUGAUGAGGUCUGAGUCUUUCUUCGUGUCUUGAGCAUCUGCAUCCAUCUUCCAGCGUCUUAUAUUCGCGUUCGGAAGGAACUGAACUCAAUUCAAGCUAUGCAAAUGGAGGCCAACGAGCUUGAACUUUAUGAUAGCUCUUUCAUUUGAAGCUCUUCCGCUGCUCUUUUGAUACCUGGCUUCAACCUUACAUACCAGCUGCUGACAUUAAUUUUGGAAGCAAUUGUCAACGGAUUGGUUUGGAUAGCAUUUGGAGCUUCUUUUCUGCCUUUAGUGUCUCUGUGUGUUUUUAUUGGCCCUUUUCAGCCUCAUUAUCAGACAACUUCCUGGCUUCCUGCUAUCUUAUUGCUAGAGCUUAUGGAUUAUUCAAUCUCAGUGUUGCUGUCCUCUUAAUCUUGUUGUGCUUAGCCUCCUCUCCUGUUGCUGUGUCAUACUCUGUGAUUCUGGAGGGAAUGCACAUGGACAUGAUAACUUCAGCUGAGCCCCCGAUGAAACGAAGAUUUGGUUUGUGGAUAGUUCAGGCUGGACGAGGAUCAUAUCGAGGCAGUUAGAUGCUUUAGUGGUUAAUUGGUUGCUUAGCAUUUUAAUUAUUGGACUUUCGAUUUCCUUGCAAAAAAGUAACAAAAGGAGAUGCCUUCUUUGAGGCAGUUCCUGCAGACUCUUUGCUGCGAUUCUCUGUGGAAUUAUGCAGUAUUUUGGAAGCUUCAGCACGAGAACCUAAUGCUUUUGUCAUGGGAAGAUGGGUUCUUUGAUUUUCCAAUUUCCGGAGAACCCGUUGGAAGCAUAGCAAACAACUAUUGCCAGAAAGGUUUAAAUGACAUCCUACUUUCAACUUUUCUAUCAAAAUCAGAUAAUGAUGAUAUUGGCGAAUCUCCAAUUGGGCUUGCAAUGACUGAGAUGUCAAAUACUUAUCACAUAUUGGGAAAAGGGGCGGUUGGUGAAGUGGCAUCUACAGGUAGCCCUCUCUGGAUCUUCUCAGACAUUUUAGCACCAGGUGGAAUCAGCUCUAGUUCAGUUAGUAAGUGUCCAGAAGAAUGGAUGCUUCAGUUUCUGGCUGGAAUCAAGACUAUAUUACUCAUACCUUGUAUUCCACACGGUGUUCUGCAACUCGGUUCAUUGGAAAUGGUUGCUGAAAAUGCACAGCUGGUUGCUUAUCUCAUGGAUAGAUUUGAUGCCCUUAAAAAAUCAGCAGAGACUUCACCUUUCAUAUCAAACAUCGAAUCUCCAGCUCAGUUGUCAGCAUUUAUGCCUAAUGCCAAGGACAAUUUAUUGGGCAUAAACAAUGAUAACAAUGAUUUUAGAGCUGGGGAUGCAUACAAUCUGUCAACUGCAGGCAAGAUGGCAUCAUUAUACAUGAUUCAAGAUAUAUCCACUGGUGUGCCGGGUAUUCUAGAGUGUGACAGUGAAAGCAAAAGUGGAAUGCAUCCAAUGGACCUGAUCAGUGUAGCGGAGCAACUCAAUAAUCAAUUCUCUGAAGACUACAGAUGGAUAAUGACAGAGAGUAAUGUGUGUAAAUCUUCAUGUCUUGAACAAGAAGUAUAUGCCACUUCUUACUCUGAGUUCUAUGAUGGAGCAGAAUGUGAGUUGCAAAAUGUCCUAGCACAUGCUUUUGUGGAUCAAUCCAAUCAUUAUAUUCAGACUUGUAAUGGUUCUGGUCAGACCACGGCUGCUGGCUCAAUUUCCAAUGAGGAUUUAAUCUUUAACGAUGAGCCAUCAUCAUGGGAAUCAAAUGGAUGUUGUUUCAAGGAGGAUGAUGUGGAUAAUUUGUUGGAAUCUAUUGUUACUACUGCAUGUAUGGAUUCUGAUAUCAAGUCAAUCAAUGCAUCUUAUUCUACAGAGUCAUUCCAUACCUCAUUAGGAAUACCCUUUUCUGCCUCCCAAAGGAGAAAUCACAUGGUGCAGGGUGCUUUGGUGGGAGGGAAAACAGAACCAUGGAGCAGUCCUAUAUCUGCGUCUGUUGCCUCAGAUAUGAAGUCUUUAACUAACUCUUCAUUAGAAUGCAGUAUGGGUACAGUGGUAGAGGAGCAGCAGCAGAAAAAACGUUCUAGAUCCAUGCAUCAUGCUGCAGAAUCAGAGUGUUCUUAUGCCAAGAUGAAAAGGGCAAAGGUCUCUGAUAGGCAGCCUAGACGGCCACGAGAUAGGCAAUUGAUUCAGGAUCGUUUAAAGGAGCUCCGAGAACUUGUCCCUAAUAGUGCAAAAUGCAGCAUAGAUGGUUUGCUAGAUAGGACAAUAAAACACAUGCUCUUCAUGAAAAAUGUUACUGAUCAGGCUGAUAAGCUGAGGCAACAGGUUAAAAAAGAGGUUUUAACCGGAAAGAGUCUGACGUCAAGUAAAGCGAAAGCUAAUUAUCAACCAGGGACAAGCUGGGCACUGGAAUUGGGAAGUGAUGAGCAGACAUGCCCUAUAAUCGUGAAAGAUCUCAACUAUCCUGGAUAUAUGCUUAUAGAGAUGCUGUGCAAUGACCACAGUGGAUUUCUUGACAUUGCUGAUGUUAUUCACCGUCUGGAACUGACGAUUUUGAAGGGUGUGAUGGAAAAUCGCACUGGUGGCACAUGGGCCCGCUUUAUUGUUGAGGCUUCAGGGAACUUUCACAGACUGGAUAUCUUCUGGCCAUUGAUGCAGCUCCUACAGCGAAGCUCGACUCUGAUGUCAACCUAAGUUUAGUGGUUCUGUAAAAAAAAACAUAAAUUGAAUGCGGUAUGAACUGUGCAUUUCUGGUUGUUAUGAUGUACCUGUUCCUCUUGUAAUCUAAUCUUUAAAGUUUGGAGAAACAUACUAUUAUUAGUUUCUUUAAAAUAUUAGUGUGGCUUUCCUAAA